AUGGCGAAAUUCAUCACCCAUGAGUGCCUCGCAAAGGAUGUCCUGAACACUGCUUUCUCGAGCGGGGUGAGCGGGCUGGAGCACUGGAAGGACCAUCUCAGGAAUGAAGGAGAUGGCAAGCUCGCUUUGCUUUUCGUGGACAGGAUCAAGCAGGACUAUGAUUCCUCUCAGCCUGCUAUGCGGAAGGCUGUGUCGUACACCAUCGGCUUGCAGAAGCACCAGGCUUGCGGAGCUUUUCUCCACUUUUUGAGGAUGUUUGAGAGGUUGGCGCCUCCUGCCGACUACGACCGAGCGUAUGUGGAGCUCCACAAGAUGUUUCUGCGUGGCCUGCUUGAUGCUGACCUUCAGCAUGUUUUGACUACUUCCUUCCCACCCGGCGACCUCUCUGCCAUUGCCGCUUUCAGGCCAUACGUUGCAAAAGUGGAGCAGGCCGCUCGCAUUGCCAAGGAGCAGGAGGAUUUGAAGCUGGCGUCGGAUCUCCGCGCAGCAGAUGGCAAGCAGGUGAUUGCAAAGAUUGAGAAUGACCUGCGGCUGCUUCAGGAUCUCAUCCCCGAUGACUUGUCACAAGCGCAGAGCACGGCCAAGGAUUUGAAAUAUUUGCGAGAUCGACAAGAGAAGGGGCGACUGCAUGUUGAGAAGUACCUGGGUGAGCGUGCUUGCCUCGUGGAGCAAACUGACACUUACGAGAGUCAGCAUGCGUUGGGAGAUUUCUUGAAGUUCAAAGAGCAGUUUCGUGGGAUCUCUGGGCAGCAGUACCUCAUUGUCUCGCUUGACGCGACUGUUUGGCCGGCGAACAGCAACUAUUUGGCCGAUGCUGUGAGCAACCUGUCCUCUGUCCUGGCUUUGUCCUCCACACAUGUUGGCAUCGUGCAGUACCCUGUUUAUCAGAGCCAGACCAACCAAAUGACUUUGGUGAAGCACCGGCACACUCUCGACAAUCUUUUGCUGAAAGCAGGUUUGACUGCGUAUCACCCAUUGCUGUUUCUCUAUGACAAACCUGAUUCUACGGCUCGCGAUGGACGGCCAAUGUCCCAAAUGGCGAUGGGUGUCUUUCACGGCAACUUCGACAGCUGCGCCUUCAUGGACUCCAGCGCCAUCAAACUUGGGAAAUUAGGGCCGGUGCCGUUGAUUCGCAUUGCUGACUUGCUGGGCUUCGAUGAGGUGCGUAGACCAGGUGCUUCAGCAAGGGUGGAGCAGAAAGGCAUUCCUUGCCAUGAUCAAAUUGUGGAUGGCCUCCUCCAGAACAUGCCCAUUGGAGCAGGGGACCGUGUGCUGUUUCUGGAUUUGUUGCCUAACCGGCAAGUGGAGUUUGGACGAGCAUUGACAGAGCGUUCUUUGGCUGGUCAGAAGACUGAUGUUCGGUACUUUGGGCUGGUUCCAUCGGAGAACUUCAAAGAUGCUUCGAAUGCUAUCAGAGACAUGAUCUACCGGGCUUGGGAUUCUUCCGCAGAAGCUCCACCGAAGCAGCGGCCAGAUUCCGAUGUUUCUUCUGACCGAGCCGCGCCCAACUUGCAAAUAUUAGCUUGGCAGAACGGUCAGCCGGUCUUCCCGGAACCAUUGAUGAACCGCUUUGGAGAGGAGACGGUGGAGUUUCAGGAGGUGAAGAAGUUGCAGAGCAGGUUCUUGGACAUGUUUCCAGCUACAGAGGCUGUAGCCCCUGGCCCUGUCGUGCCUGGACGGGCCAGUGGCAUGUGCGAUUUCUCGAUUGAUGGCAACCUUGAGCCCCUUGAUAUCGACCGUAAUGUUGAGCUGGUAAUGGUGGCGAACGAUCAGUUCGAAGAGCCAAGGCGGGCAACGUGUGCUAUGACCAGGAAGAAGCCAGCCAUUGUCAUUUGCGAGGACUUUUCCCUUUGGUUGGGGAACACGUCAGAUUCGGAUUCUGUGGUGGAGCCUGGGGAGCUGCUGGGAUUCGGGACUGGUGAUCCAAGUGCUGAAAAGGAUGUCUUGCCGUGGCGACUGUCAAGUGACCUUUCUUUGGUCAGCUCUGACCGAACAUGGUACCCUGUGUGCAAAUUCUUGCGGAAGCUUGCCACCGAACAGGGCAUUGGCGAGUUGGAGAUUGAGGACCACCAGCUGGAACCCAGAUAUCAUGCAGCAGUCGACGGGGCCGAUCCUGUUCCAGUCACCUUCCGGUAUGCCAUCACUCCGCUGAGAUCGAAGGCCACUCAUGUCUACAAGCCCAACGGGUUGAGUGAAGGACGUGAUCAGAUUGCGUCCACCAUGAUCGGAGCAGUUUUUGCAGGCAACUUUGACAAACUCGUGAAGAACAAAAUUUGUUCAGUGGUGUGGGAGGUGCAGUUCACCUCAUCGCCGCCAAAGAUCCAGAUUUCCAAGCCCAAGCUGUACAUGACUGCCCGCAUCCAUUUGCCGAGCAAGUCUUGGUGCUGUAUCAGCAAGUGA